AUGGCUCCGACAAAGAAAAUGUUCGUGCUCUGGGAGAAAGGCGAACUAAAGAUCAGAUGCGAGGUCGACAGCGGUCAUGUCACCGAGAACGAAAAGACAACCGCCUUCUACUGCAACUUCAAUGGAUCCAGAAGGGGCCGCAUCGUCAUCUACGGAGUCAUCAGCGCCUUUAGAAAGAAGAGAUAUGGCACAAAUCGGAUCAAAGAUCUCCUCUGUCGUCCAUCUCUGUUUACUUUACUUUUCCUUGUUAGAUCAUGGCCUUUCACUGCAACUUCAUUGGAACCAGAGGGGGCCACAUCGUCGUCUACAGAGUCAUCGGCGUCUCCGAAGAAACGAAUGAGAACGGAACUACCAGCUACACCAAGUAGGUUUGACGACAAACUUCUCUACGAUAUCGCCGAAGAAAUCGAGACUGAUGAACACCUUGAAAGGUUAAUGCACACUCUGGAAAUCACACAGGGGUCACAGUCACGGUAUCACGAGCUUAACAGGUUGGAAGGUCACCUUACGGCUAAAGGAACCCGUCAGAUGCUGAUGGAUUGGAGGGCAAGAACAGCAGUCAUAGAGCAACGGGACAGGCUGAAGGAUGCCCUCACCAGGGCUGGGCUGUUGGACCUGAGGGACAGAUUCUUCCCAGGCUAGAAAGAAUUAGAAGAAAAGAGCAAAAACGAAGAACGUGAUGGGAAAAAGUUUUUGUUAUAUCACAUGACUUAAGUUCGUCACACCAACUAAGGAGCACGGUGAUUAAAUGUUCUGAAAUGACUGGUUUUAAGCGUCAUACAGUCAAUACUCGAAAUUCGAAAUCUAGUAAUCCUAAACAUAAUGUUAUUUUCACUCUGUCGUCCAAUACUCGAUUAUGUGUGGUUACUUUGUCAAAAGAACCAUAUUAAAUCAUUAUAAGCUGUGCACAGACACUAUACUAGAUUAUAUUCUUUAAAAGGUACAAAAGUCUCCGUCAAAUCAUGAGCGACUAGUUCUCUUUAAUUUGUCUCCUACAUAAUACAUAUACAACAGACUGGUUUAUUUGUCCAUCCGUUUUGUAGUGAAAUAUUCUUUACUUACAGCACCUUCCCAAGCCAAAUUGACUGAUAUUACAUGUUUUUGUUUUAAUCACGAAAUCGUUUUAAAUACUCUUGUCUACUUAGAAAAUACAAAAUGAUAAUAAGCUGGUAUCAGUAAAAGUAUUUGCAAUGAUUAUAUUAAGGGCGCAUGUAUAACUAAACAUUUUUUCGGAAAGUAAACUAAAAAUGACUGAUUUGUUGUUCAGAUAAAAUGGGAGAUAACGUCGCAGGAUUCAUCACACAGCUGGCAACUUGUGUUUGAUUGAUCGGAACUUUAAAAAUGCGUAACUUUC